CGAUCAAGUUCAAGCCUUCUCCUCUCCUCACUUAUUUUUUUCUGUUAAUCGAACUCGAAAGCCAAAUCAAACGAAACAACAACAGAAACUGUGUGCGUUUAUGACAAAAGUUUGCAAUCCAACAACGAGAACUAUAACCAUGUCAUCGAGUGUGCUGACCACGAACCACGAUCUCUUUCCCACGACCAUCAAUACGGCCACGAAGAUCUUUCGUUAUCAGCACAUAAUGCCGGCUCCCAGCCCAUCGAAUCCUGGCAACCAGAACCAGCCAAGUCAACUGAAUCAGUCGGGUGGUGCCAUGCCCAUCAAGACCCGCAAGUAUACGCCGAGGGGAAUGGCCCUGGCCAGAUCCUCCGAUUCGGUAGCUUCUCUGUCGCCUGGCUCCUCGCCGGCUCCCUACAAUGUGGACCAGUCCCAGUCGGUCCAGAGGCGCAACGCUCGAGAGCGGAAUCGUGUCAAGCAGGUGAACAACAGCUUCGCCAGACUGCGCCAGCAUAUACCGCAAUCCAUCAUCUCUGACCUGACCAAGGGCGGUGGCCGAGGACCCCACAAGAAGAUCUCCAAAGUGGACACUCUGCGCAUCGCCGUGGAGUACAUCCGGAGGCUGCAGGAUCUGGUGGAUGACCUGAACGGAGGAGCACCCAGCUGCGGUAGUGCCACAAGCAACACAGUCGCCCAGCUGCAACUUUGCCUGGACGAGUCCAGCAGCCACAGUUCCAGCAGCAGCACCUGCAGUUCCUCGGAGCACAACACCUACUACCAGACUACGACCACCGCCGCCUCCAAUCCUCUCCAGCAGCAGCAGCAAUUGCAGAGGCAACAGUUCAACCACCAGCCCCUGACAGCCAUCUCUCUGAAUAGCAACUUGGUGGCCGCCACAUCCCUGCCAGGUGCCAAUGGAGGCGUUGGCUCUGUCGCGAACAACCAACAAACCUGCCACUCGCCCACUUCCUCCUUCAACUCCAGCAUGUCCUUCGACUCCGGCACCUACGAGGCAGCUCCCCAGCAACUGUCCAACCACAUGGACCACCUGGAUCACCUCGACAACGAGGGACACACACACUCCCAGCUCCAGCUGAAAUUCGAGCCCUACGAACACUUCCAACUGGACGAGGAGGACUGCACGCCCGACGACGAGGAGAUUUUGGACUACAUCUCUCUAUGGCAAGAGCAGUGAAACCGCUGCCAAGAUCCCCAAAACCACAUCCUGUUCUCUUCUAGUCAAUGUUGAGUUGAACCAAGUGCCUCAAAUUGUAAAUAACUCGAAAAACGAAACACGAAACACCACCACACACAUUUUUUUUCCUACUUUAAGUUCUUUUUUUUAAUACUACUUAAGGACCAAGAGACCAGUAUCAAAUAUAUAUUUAUAAAAUAAUUAUAGCCUUAAUUAG